UACGUCAGAGCUUCCCAGCUCACAACAGGAACUAUGGCGGCCAGCUCAGACCGGAGUCCUCCGCCUUUCUCCUCCGCGGCCGAGCAGCCCGAAGAAGCUGCACCGGCGGACAUGGCCGACGGAGACAGCGACGAAGGAGAGGACAUCUUCGUUAAUAAUACGAACCCUGUGGCCGUGAGUCGAGGAGUUUCUCAGCCGGAGCGUGUCAGUGAAGAGCCCCCGGAUUUGUUCACGGAGGAGGAGGAGGCCGGCAACACAAACACCAAAUCCAACGGCGUUCACUCUGACGAUGACAACGACCUGUUUGCUGAUGCACAUGUGGAGCUGAACACAGACAAGUCUGGUAGCUCUGACAGGAAGGAGCUCUCGUCUUCCUCUUCCUCUUCCUCUGGCCCUCUUCCCUCCUCCUCGUUCACUCAGAACCCUGCACUUGUGCAGCCCAGCUCCUUGGAGCAGUUGGAAGAGGAGGAAGCCAAGGAUAGUUUUGAUUUGGAUGUCGCCGUCACCAACCCUGAGAAAGUUGGAGAUGGCAUGAAUGCGUAUGUGGCCUACAAAGUAUCCACCAGGACUUCCUUGGCCAUGUUCAGAAACAAAACCUUCUCUGUGAGGAGGCGUUUCAGUGACUUCCUGGGUCUUUAUGAGAAGCUGUCGGUCAAGCAGUCACACCACGGCUGCAUUAUUCCACCGCCACCGGAGAAAAGUGUCGUAGGGAUGACCAAAGUGAAGGUGGGAAUGGAUGACCCGUCAUCCGUGGAGUUUGUGGAGAGAAGAAGAGCAGCUCUGGAGAGAUAUCUUCAGAGAAUAGUGUCCCACCCAUCGUUACUGCAAGAUCCUGACGUCCGUGAGUUCUUGGAAAGAGAAGAACUCCCCAGGGCUGUGAACACCCAGGCACUGAGCGGAGCUGGCUUCCUCAAAAUGAUCAAUAAGGCAUCGGAAGCUGUCAACAAGAUGACCAUCAAGAUGAACGAGUCUGACACUUGGUUUGAGGACAGGUUCCAGGAAGUGGAGAAUGAGGAGCAGCAGUUGAGGAAGCUUCAGGCCGUGGUCGACUCCCUGGUCAAUCACAGGAAGGAGCUGUGUGGGAACACGGCAGUAUUUGCCAAGAGUAUGGCCAUGUUGGGAAACUCAGAGGACAACACGGCCCUGUCCCGGGCCCUGUCCCAGCUGGCAGAGGUGGAGGACAAGAUGGAGCAGUUGCAUCAGGAGCAGGCAGCCAGUGACUUCUUCAUCUUCGCAGAGCUGCUCGGGGACUACAUCCGCCUGUUGGGUGCCGUGCGGGGCUGUUUUGACCAGCGUACGCGGGCGUGGCAAAGAUGGCAGGAGGCUCAGAGCACACUACAGAAGAAGAGAGAGUCCGAGGCUAAGCUGCUGUGGGCCAACAAGCCAGAGAAACUGCAGCAGGCCAAAGAAGAGAUCGCUGACUGGGAGGCGAGGGUUACUCAGUACGAGAGAGACUUUGACAGGAUUGGCAUGACGGUGCGCAAGGAGGUUCUCAGGUUUGAGAAAGAAAAAGCGAAGGAUUUCAAGAGCCAGAUAAUCAGAUAUUUGGAGGCGAUGGUGCAGUCUCAACAACGGCUUAUAAAGUUUUGGGAAGCAUUCCUGCCCGAGGCGAAGGCGAUAGCUUAACAAAGAGAGACUUUUCAAAGACCCCAAAUGCCUUUAUAAAAAACACUUUACCUCUUGACCAGAAACUGAGAGGACAAUUUUGAAAAACCACACAAGAAAAUUCCAUCCAUUUUUUUCUUUUUCUUCUUGUCUUUUUAUCUGAUAUAUUAAGCUGCCACAUUCAUAUACGAUUUUCUUUUUCUCUGUUUAUGUUCUUCGACUUAAAGAUGGUAUAAAGCAGGGGCCCGGCAGAGGUUUACCCAGCUGUAGUAUUUGUAAAAAUAACCCCACUGUGAGUGGGAUAUGUUUCAUGCUUAAAACAGUAUAUUAAAAGAAUUAACACUGAGGUACUGCCCUAGAGUAACAUUGUCUAUAGUUUACAUUAGAAGGUAGACGUAUGCAAGUCAUUCCAGUCUCUUAACAGCUUACGUUGAUGGAUGCAUGUCAGACAAUGUUUUGAUGCACUAAAAUGUAUUGUACAGUUGGAAAAGCUGUUUUUUCUUUUUCUUUUUUCUAUGAAAUACCACUAUGAAUGGCUGAGGUCAUUUACCAGGAGUAUUAGCACAUUGUUACAAUGUAUCACACAAUGCAUAUUAGAUCAUAGAAAUCAUAUGCAAAUUCAGAUUUGAAAAGGUCACAGGCUUUUCGGAGUUCCUCUGCAAAGGUGAAAAGAAAUAACGGGGUUAAAGUGAUGAUGUAUUUGCCUGAAUCAUCAUUUUUUUCCACAACAGUUUAAAGUACUUUGAAUUUUCUUUGUGUCAGAGAUUGAGGGCCAAAGGAAUUCAUCUGGAACUGCUGCAAAGAUUGUUUACUGCUUGUGUAAAUGACCGUCGACAUGAAUGUACACAUGUACAGUACUUGAAUUGAAUCAUACAAGCUCUGUCAGACAUUACAUUUGACAUUUUUUGAUAAAUUGGUGUAACCAUGACGGAUAGGCACUGACAUUCAAGUGAAACAGGCCCCAUAUUUUCUUAUUCAGCAUUUGUAAGUGUAGAUUUUUUUUCUCCCAUGUCAUAUUACAGUAAGAAUGUGCUUUAUUUUUGUAACCACUUUGCAUUAGCACACACAUUUCCUGGAAAUGCGAUACAGGUAGAUGUACAAAAUAAAACAUGAUUGGAUAAGCUUUGA